GUAAAAGAAACAGAGAGUUAUCUAAAUUGCUAAUAUAAAAUACUAUUUUUAUGGUUGAAGACCAUUCAUAUGUCGCAAUCAUGGUUUUAAAUACGUAUUUAAAACGCAACAAUGCAUUGUGACAUUAUUGUAAAAGCUGAUGAAACAAUUAUUUUUGACUCAAAGAUUUAUAUAAAAGUUUUCUCCAGUAAUUGAACAAAAUUUACAAACUGUAUUCAUAAUGGAUGAAUCAAAUGAGUUUUACAAAAAGGUUCAAAUGUACCUUAUGAAGAAGAGUCAAGAAUGUGGAGAAUUAAAAUUUUUUAAUGCUUGUAUAACUCCUGAAAAUAGUAAUCAUAUCGAUGAUAUAUGCAAAUCAAUGAUUGAAAUAUUUGAAAUUAACAACAUACCUAUAAAAGAGAAAGCUGUAAUAAACAGUGAAAAAUGUAUAGAGGCAUACAAAUAUUUAUUAUUAAACACUAAUUUCAAGAACCAAGAACGUUUAGCAGAAGAUAUCAUUUAUGGACAUUUAGUUGAUAUGUGCCCACCUUUAUCUCCGUACUUACUUGUGCAAAUAAUGUGGAGUCUUGAAUAUGAAAAAAUUUUGAUUGCAUCUUUGCUAUAUGUACCUUUUGAUUUGUGUACCGAAAUACUGAAAAUAGUCACAAAAUGCAUAGACAAAUUACCUUUUCAAAGGUCAGUUGAAGUUGCGUAUCAUUUGAUAUUCAUUAUAUAUAGUAAAUUUCUUGAAUUAAAAGAAUGUGGUAUGCAGUCUGGAAGUGUUAAAGAGAGUAUACAAGAUUUGUUGAUUAGUUUUGAAGAAUUCUUAUUACUGUUAACAAAUUCGGAAUCACCUUAUUUAACAGAGUUAUUAGGUUUGAAAAAGUAUGAAAGACAUGGUAUUAUGUUAAAAAAAUUAAUUUGUACAAUAAGAAAAUGUUUAAAGAAGGAAAACAGUGAAAGUUUUGUUUCUAAAGAUCUUGAAAAAUUAUACCAAAUCACAUUUGGGAAAGAACCAUUUAUAAAGUGUGAAAAUAUGAUUGUUGAAAAUACUAUAUCAACAUUAAAUCAACAAUUAACGAAUAUAUUGUUAAAUAAAAUCAAAGAAAUUGAUUGUAAUAUCUAUUUGAGUUGGGCAGAAUUGGACGACGAAGAGAAUAACAUGAUUUCAUUACAAAGAUCUAUUGGACUUGAAUGUUAUUAUUUUAUAGAAUUUAUGAAGAACGAUGAAGAAUUAUCAGAAAAUACUCAUUUAAUAGAGUGUUUGCAGCAGUUAUCGUCGAAACCAGAUCCUAAGCAGUCAAACUUUGUCUUAAAUUUACAAGAACUUUGUUGUGCUAUAUCCGACGGUAAGAAGGAGUUAAUGAAAGAAUUAUUAUGCAGAUACAAAGAAUGGGAUCGGUCUAUACUUGAUUUUGUCUACAAUAAUAGAUCUUUACUAGAUAAAAAUGAUAUUUUAAUUCUACUAAAAUAUCUCACGCAUGUUUUCUCACAGUCAACCGAAGAAGAUUUGAAAGAGUUUAGUAAUACAUUAGUUACAAAAUUAGUGGCACUUCAAAGUGUACCAGAUAUUUAUGAAAUUGUAAUUAUGUAUCUGAUAAAAUAUGAUGGGAAAAAUUAUCUAGAAUCCCCGCAUACAGAAGAAGUAUUUAAUGAUUUUAUAAAACGAAAUGCAAACUUACAGACACCGAUGGUCUUAAAAACUGUUCUACUGUUUCUCUUGAAAAAUCCUAAAACUGUGUUGACUAUACUUGUAAAGAUCACCAUUGGUCACCCUCAAUAUGAAAAUAUUAUGAUCUCUGCUAAAGAUUUACUUCUGCUAUCACCCUUUAUGCAAAUAAGUGAAGAUAAUAAUGAGCUGUUCUUAACGAACAUCUUAAGGACCAUAUGUAUCGAAAAUUUCGAAUGGAAUGCAAAGAAAUUCAUGGAUUUUAUCCAAGUUGUAUUAGACGGUUCUAUAAUUAAAAUACACAAUUUGAUAAACAGUGUUUUUAUACCAUAUUUAAAAGAAGAUAUUUUUAACGUAUCAAACUUAAACUCUAUUCUUAAUAGUAUUCGUAAAUUACAAGUUAGAUGUACCAAAGAUACAAACGUGAAGGAUUUAAUAAUAGCACUUGCAGGAAAAAUGUCUUUCCUAAGAAAGAACACAAGUAUUCCGAGAUAUGUAGCCAGUGAAAUAUUUGUUCAGAUAACAAGAAUAUUAGAAUACUUUUUAGAAAUUAAAAACAAUCAGAUGCCUGUUUCAACGAAAAGACAAAUAAUCGAUAAAAUUGAAUGCGUUAUCGAACCAAUAGAUAAACUAUAUUUUUCACCUCUUUGGUAUUUAAGAAAAAAAGGUGUCAGUAUAAUUGAUAUAAUAGAAGAUUACGAAAGGCGCUGUUUCGUUGUGUUGAACAGAUUGAAAGAAGAUCCUCAAACUUCAGAGAGAUUACGACGUUAUUUUUCGGAUUUAAGCCUAGAAAGGGAAGAUUUCUUACGCCAUUUAAUUACUCGUUCAACAGAAGGAGAAUAUCAGAGAUUAGGCACGGAACUUACAAUAGUAUAUUGGUUCGCUUUUGGAUGGAACAACGAAAUUGAAGCAUACGAUCACUUUCUACGUUUAACAGUAGAAGCUUGUUCUUUAGCUCUGGAGUAUCCAUCUAUCGGAGGAAACGAUUUAUUUCCAUUUUUACUUAAGUCUUUCAUACGCUUUUGCAGAAUGUUUAUUUUGCUUGAAGAGUUUGAAGAUAAAGAACACGUAUAUAAGUCGGUAAUUAAAAAUAUAAAUCAACUCAACGAGAGCAUAAAACACAGCCCUUAUGCAAAUUUAUUUGAAAACUAUUUCACUCAUUUGUAUAAUCAUACAGGAAAUGAUUAUUUACAACACUUGCAAGAUAUUUUAAACUUUUGCUAUAGCUUCAGUGAUCAGUGUCUUGAAUACAAUCAUAAAUGUAACCAGGAAACUCGCAACAUACCUCAUUCUACAAAAGUUUCUCACUUUCAUGUAACUUAUGAAGUAAUUUCUACUUGUCUGAAAGUACCUGCAAAAGAAGCCUAUGACUGUCUCAGGAGGAUGAAUGAAUUAUUUGUUUUCAAUUAAACUAAGAAUAUUUAAGAGAUGCAUUUAAGUGACAUCAAAUAUUAAUUUUAAAAAGGUGGUGAAUUCUUGUGCUUUCAUUUUCCCUAAAACUUCUUUAAAAAAAAUGAGAGAAACUUGCUGGCCGAAAUAAGGAAAGGAAAUGAAACAAAUCUGGUCCUUGACACUUGAUAUGCUCACUCAGACAAAGCUCGAUUUCUUUUUUCUCUCUAAACGCUUGAUAGCUUUCUAAGUAAAGGUCAGUUUAAUAUUUAUUUUUUUCCUCAUUUUUCUAUUCUCGUACAAAAGUCUCAGCGUAUUCUUUAGAAAAAUAUUCUUAAAACAUCAUCUCACGUCGGAUAAAUGUGUGCAUGUUUACCAUUCAGAAGCGAUAUAAAUAUAGAAAACAUUUCUUCUUUUUUCUUUUUUUUUUUCCUGUGCUUAUUUCGUUUUCGUGCAUCAAGUGUACAAUACGUAUACUACUUAGGAAGCUAUCCGCUGACAGGCAACGAGUGUCUCCUCGUUAUUCCUCUUUUUCCUUCUUCUUGCCAAUUUAUCAUUUUCGCUAAGCACAAAAAACCCAGGAGGGCGAGAAAACGUAACGAUAAUAGAGCGAGAGCGAUUACACGUUUUACAAAGAGGCCCUUUGAUUCGCCGUUGAAAAGGCUUUUAUACGCGCGGUUAUUAUCGUCGUCUUUUAAUAGAAAAACUGCGGUUACAAUCUACGGGAUCACAGAGAGACUAUGAAUUUUCCGAGUGAUAAAAUAGAGGAUACGAAUAAUUAUAUCUGUUUGCCCCCCUCCCCUUUCUUUUCCUCUUUCUUCCUUUGCCUGUUUAUAUACUUGAGUACAAUCAAUGAAAUUAGAUGGCCGAUUCGCUACGUCGGUAUACGCUCCAUCAAUCUUAAAAAACUGACGAAACGUAUUAGCACCCUUUAUCGGUCAAAUACGCGAGGCUAUCUCAAAAAUCGGUUCUCGUCUUUUUCAUACUUUUUCUCCAGUAUCUUUUGAUAUACAUAUUGCAUUUUUAAUAAUAAACGAGAUUUAAACUAAGACUAAUCUAACGUAAUACAUAUAAUGUAAAAUUAUACGCGAAAAGAAUGAUACAAUUUUCAGACUUUCAGAAUGCAAAAAUGCAGUAAAUGCAUUUGAAAUAUUGGAGAAAAAAUUAGCCACGCAUAUUCGUUACGAAACGACAUUUCUAAAAGUGCACCGACAAUUGAAAAGAACGAGUUAAUAUACGAUUGAUAACAUUUCCCAAUAAUGUUCCGUAUCGUUGGACUUAUUUUUUUCUAACUACCAAUGAUAGAAAUACUGUACAUCAGUUCGUUUAAAACUUUUCAGUUCGAUGGUUGCCAACGAUACGUGGAACAGAGGGUAGCGAUAUCGUUCGUGUACAAUUCAACAUUUUUUUAUUAUUAAUCGAUCCGAAAGACGGGUAAUCGAGAUGAACAAGUAGAUAUAUAAAUUAUAAAUACACUUUUUGUUUUUUUGCCUUUUUUUUUUUUGUUUUCUUUUGUGAAAUCAGGAUUAAUAAUCCUUCGGUUAGACUCGUAAAAC